AUGUCUGAGUCGUUAAUUGCGGAAUCGGUCGUGCAAGGAGCGCUUUCCGGUACACUAGCUACCAUGCUAAUGUACGGCGUCACCUGUAUGCAGACCUUCCACUACUGGCAAGCAUACGAGCAUGACAGCAAGAUUCUGAAGUCUGUAGUGGCAUUCAUCUGGAUUCUCGAGACUGCUCACACAGCAUUGUCAGUACACUUUGUCGAGUACUAUCUCAUCAUACAUUUCGGAGAAUUGGCACCGUUGGCAUCUGCAGUUUGGAGCAUGGGGGUGAGAGCCAGUAUAGACAAAAACUUUCCUGCUGAUCUCAACCUAUUCCGCCAGGCUACAUGUAUCAUUGGUUUUAUUAUAGGUUAUGUCGCAAAUCUUUGCUUCAUCUGGCGGAUAUCGCGACUGGGUCAGAAUCGCUGGAUUGCUGUUUUCUUUGCCAUUGUUGCAACUGUUCGCUGCGGAUUUGGACUGGUUAACUGCGUAUUGAGUUUCAUGUAUCCUGGAUGGGUGGUGUUCAGAGCACGCAUCUUUACAAUCAUGGUGGCUGCUCAGGUGCUUUCAGCACUCGUCGACGGCAGGAUAUCAGUUAGCCUAACCCUACGUCAAAGUCAACUUGUUGCCCUUAGGACUGACGGUAUCAUCAAACGCCUCCAAUUAUAUAGCAUCAACACUGGUGCCAUCGGGUCGCUUUUCGCCGUUCUAGCGCUUAUUGUGUUUCUCGUUUCUCCAACUACCACAGCGUUCAUUGCUUUCAUCCAAGUACAGGGCAAAUUUUAUGCAACAUCGUUAUUAGCAUCGCUAAAUGCCCGCAAAAGCACGCUAAAAAAGAUCGAGCAGUCUGUUCCUUCCGCCGACGGGGUUGUGCUUCCCCUGUUCGGCGCAGCACGUCCGAAUCCGUCGUCACGAUACAUGCAAUCGAUUGAAGUCCAGAAGAGUGUUACGGUGGAGAUCUACGGUGACGGCCUGGAUCCUGAAAAGGAGAGCGACGAGACUAGAUUUUGAGUUUGUACCAACGGACCAGUACUAUAGGGCUAGGACGUGAUGGACAGAUUGCCGCGGGUAAAGAAUGAAUCAAGUAAAUACAUAGUAUGUUUAAAUUAUUAUCAUCUAGUUUGUUCUUCGAAUGGUACCAGCUCGUUCCAUAAAACAUCGGUGGCCAUAUCCUCGAACAUCAGCAGUGUCUCAUUCAAGGUUUCUCAGUAACAAGGCGAUAAGCGAUAUAAUCAAAUCGCGGCAUCCCGUUUGCAGUUUACACUACCUGUUCAUUUGAAGUGUCGUCGACUUGCUCUUCUCGUCGUGUACUAUCGGGAUGUGGAUAGGAAGGCAAUGC